AUACCACGUAUGAGGAUGAUACAGGAUGAUACAGAAGGAUAUAGAAUAAUAUUACAGUGAAGUGAAUGUUAAAAUUUUAUAGACAAAAGUGUUUAGUAUUAAUGUAUUUGUUGGUUUCGUUCAAAUAAUUUGUUCAAUUACAAAUUCAAUUUGUUAAAUAUUUUUUCAAUAUUUCAACAGAUUUAAUUAAUAAAAAGCAUUGUAUAUAUAAAUUACGUUUCACGUAGCUCUCUAAUUGUUGUACUAUUAAAAAGAUACAUUCUAAAAAGAGUGAUAUAAUAUUAAUUGAUAUAUUAUUUUCUAAGAAAACGAUACAUACAAGAUGAUUGUGUCUAUAGAACAAAGGCUUUUUUUAUUAAGUUUUUGUUUUAUAUUAAUGCAUACAAGUGCAGCACUUAACAAAUAUUCUGCCAAAGCUAAUGAACCUAAAGUUGAAGAUAUUUUAGAAUUUCCAACGUCAUUAAGAGAAUUAGAUAAACCAUUUCGAAUGUCAAAAUUAAAUAUAAUAUGGGUCAAAGCAAAAAAUCGUUUAACAGAUCCUAAAUUGCAAUCGUUGUUUAGCGAUUUAAAAAUCCAUGAUAAAGAAGAAAUAGCAUAUAAACAUUAUAAGGCUGAUGGAAAGGAUCCAGAUGGUUUGGAAGGAGCUACAUUGAGAAAGAAAUUAAUUGGAAUUAUGAGUACAUAUGGUUUGUUAGAAUAUUUUUCUGAUACAGAAGAUCCAAUGUUACUUAAGAGACAUAAAGCCCUUAAUGAUGGUAGCAAUUAUGUUGCCAAGGAUGUGUUUAAAGAUUCUAGAUUAAAUAAACUUUGGGCUAAAGCUGAAUUAGCAGGCUUUACUCAUGAAGAACUUAAUGCAUUAAAGGAAGAAUUUGAACAUCAUCAAGAUAAAGUAGAAGAAUAUAUGAGCUUAUUAAAAGAUAUAGAAGCUGGAGAUUCUGAAAUGCACGAAAAUAGUUUAUUUGACAAGCCAGACAGUUGGAAUGUGUUAGAAGAGGAAGAACAAUUAUCAAAUAAUAAUGUACCUGGAAAAAAGUUGGAUUAUUUAGGAAAAGCGAAUUUACUUAAAGAAAAACAUUUGGAGCUUAGAAAUGGGUAUGAUCGUUUAGAUAGGCUAACAGCUAAAGGGCCUAAUCAUAAAGAAUUUAUUGAACCAAAAGUACAAGGACUUUGGAGAGUUGCAUUAGAAGCCAAAUUUUCACCCGAUGAACUUGCUUCUCUUAAGGAAGAACUUUUACAUUACGAGUCACGAUUACUCAAGUUAAGACAUCUUCAUACAGAAGCAGCUUUGGAAGCUGCACGCAAAGGAAAAUCUUACGAUUUGGAUAAUUCUACCUCGCAACAACAUAUAAAGAAACAUGCUAGAACAGUUCAAAAGCUUCAUACAGAACUUGAGACAAGAAUCAUGCAAAAACAUACAGAGUUAUAAUUUUUAUGAGAUCUUUAAAUAAUUUCUACAAUAUUUCCUUUAAUAAUUAUUUGAAUAAAUAUCAAUAAAAAUAUAGGUAUA